CUCCUCACCUCGGUUCGCUCGCUCGCAAUGAAAGGCCUCGCCUUCCGUAAACUGUCCCGCACAUCAGGGCAUCGCAAUCACCUGCUGCGUAACCUCGUCACCUCCCUCUUCCACCACGAGCGCAUUCAGACUACAGUCGCCAAGGCAAAGGAGGCGCAACGCGAGGCAGAGAAGGUCAUUACCGCUUUGAAACGAUCGCACGAUGAGCAGAGGAGGGGUCACGACCAGCAGUGGUAUGCAGCAAAGGGCUACGUCUUUUCAGCGGCCGAUGAUACCAUCUUGCACAAACUGGCGAAGCGCUAUGCGGAGAGACCGGGGGGCUAUACGAGGUUGCACCUCUACGGCAAUCGACCAGGGGACCAUGCUCCGCGAGCGCUUUUGGAGUUGGUGGAUAACGACAAGGGAGAUCUAAGACUGGAGUUGACGGCGAGGUGUAUGGCUAGGCAGGUAUUCAUGGAGGGAAAGAAGCGCAGCAGCAGCUCCUCGUCGGCGAGCAUGACGGCCAUCACGCCAUUGACCUGCCCCAACCCGGAGAAGGACUCGCGCUUCCUCCCUCAAACACGCACAAGGAUCGCACAACUUCUCCGCUUUCCUGAUGGGAGGGAUGCAAGGUUGGCGUCGUUGCUCUCGCGCGCAAAUGAGCACUUGUUCAGGCUGAGGGCAGAGGAUCAGCUCGACGGCGGAGCGGUAGUAGUGGACGAGGAACGCAUGGCGACGGGAGAGUGGAAGGACAUGCAGCCGAGGGGUAGGCUCUUGACCCCUCCUGUCAAAGGCAGGAGGCUGAUGGCCGGCAUGGCUCCUUCCCUCUCGAUGCCAGGGGCCCCCGCAGCCGGCGAGACUACUUCGAGAGCCACAGGCGGCAAGGCGCAGCAGCAGCGCUCUCGCUUCUUCGAGCCGCAACCUCUUAAGGGCACGACGCAGAAUUCUGUCAUUCGACUGGGCAAGGGGGCCUUUGCGAGACGAGGUGGGGUGGAUAGGGUGGCAGGCAACCCGGUUGCAUUUAGGAGCGCGGCGAGGAAGGGGGAAGUCAAGGCGAGGGCGAGUGGGAAUGCGAGGGUCAGGUAUUCAUGAGGCGGAGAGGAGAGGGAUGAGGCGAAAUUGUACCACCAUCAUUUGAGCGCAAAGAGCGCGUAGCAUGCAUACACUCUUACUCGCCGG